GGUCCCAUAAAAACCCCACCUUUAUUUAUCUUCUCUUGCUCUGUUCUACUGUGUCCAUUUCUCUACCUCGGCGUCUCUUCAUUUUCCAACAUCUGAAUUGAGUUCUUUAGCGAUGGAUUCCUUCUCAAAUGCUUCGGUUUCUGCCUGCCUUCAGAAGAGCUACCACUCCGAGAUUUCUCCUAAUGAACCUGUAAUGGAACAAGAAGAAAAUGACGAUGUGAGCCUAGAAUGGCUAUCUAUCUUCAUGGAAGAUUGCCUCUCUGGAAACACAACCUUCUCCAUCCCACAAAACCAAACUCCUUCAACCAAUCCACCACCACCUCCAACCCUAAAGCUUAAAUCCUCAUCCUCCUCAUCUAAUGACAUGAAAUUCUCAACAAAGACCAAAACCAAAAGAAGAAAGCUGACACUUUUCGAGGAGGAAAACACUCCCCUUCUCCCUCAAGCCUACUGGCUCGCAGAAAGUGAGCUCCUUCUUCCAAAAAAGGAUUUUGAUGAGAACCCUAAAGCAAAAACCAUUGAAGAAGAAGUUGGAGCACAAGAACAAGUGGGGAAAGAUCAAGGACAAGUUCAGCCAAGGAAAUGUACUCAUUGCCUCUCACAGAAGACUCCUCAGUGGAGGGCAGGUCCAUUGGGGCCCAAAACUCUCUGCAAUGCAUGUGGUGUGAGGUUCAAGUCUGGCAGACUAUUGCCAGAGUAUAGGCCUGCAAAGAGCCCAACUUUUGUGAGCUACAAGCAUUCAAAUUCACACAAGAAGGUCAUGGAGAUGAGGAUGGCCAUACCUUCUAAUCAGUUUGGGUUAGAAGAUUAGAAAUGUACAAAUUUAAUAUUAGAGUGUGAUUCUAUCUUCCAUUGUAGUCUUUUUUAAUUAUCUUGAACGUUCAUUUGUUUUGGUUGCUUAUGGACAAAUGCUCCUCAAUGGUCUAUCUUUUCAUUUUUAUUACAUGCAAUGCAAUGCUUUCUAUCUA